UUUUUUAUCUCUUUUUUUUACUCGGUUUGUAUACCUGGGAGAACUCUACAUCUCAAACGGAGAGAAACAUUUGGUCCUUCGAGCCGGAUCUCUCAUCAGUCGUUUUCCCUUUUUAUCUUCUCAGGCAAACAACACACGGAACUUCAUCCCCCCGCCUCACAUACAGUCCGCAUCCUACACACAUCCAUCUGCUUUCAUCUUAAUCACAUAAACAGCUAUGGAACCUGCAAGCCCCCUUUUUCCGGAAGUAAUCUUGUCAGACUUCGACUACACUGACACCCCAAUGACGGACGAGGAGCGGAUGGAUACAGUCAGCGUAUGCUCGGAGCGACCUCCGUCGGUGACAAUUUACCCAGCUGUACCGGUCGUUACCAACUCCCCGAUUGCGGCUAAUGCCCCCACGAAUGUUGCCGUGAGUUCGACCCCGUCCUCCACAUCCAGUAAUCUAGCAGGAUUGGUGCGACCUGUUCCUGGUUCGAUACCCCGAAGAUGCCCAUUAUGCCCAAGUCACCAUGCCUUGUAUCGCUGCCCGACGUUUAGGGCAAUGAGUUUUGAGAGACGGAUGAGAACAGUGGUCUCGCUAGGGCAUUGCGUCAAUUGCCUGAUGAUGGGGCAUCAUGCGAGAACCUGCCAGAGCGCUUCACGAUGCGCACAGUGUCAGCAGAAGCACCAUUCCACACUGCAUUCGCGGGUCCGACGUAACCACCGCCAACACCAAUCCCGUCGGAAUGUAGCGCAAACAACAGUCGCUAGUCGAAACAUGGUACCGGUUUCUACACCUCGUCACCCAUCUUUUUCACCGGUCAUAGCUUCGGCGGCAGCACUGCCAAUUAGUCGGGUAGUCGCUCUUUCCCCUACUUUGGUAGUUCGGGUAAUACUGCCACAAGCAACUAUACCGGUCCGAGCGUUAUUGGACCCUUGCUGCCGGAUAAGCCACGUUUGUGAGAGCUUAGUACGUAGCUUCCGCUUGCCUCUUACCUUCCUAAAUGAAGAAGUUUAUUGUGAUUUGGCAAUUGGUUCGCGGUUCGAUGAAAGUGUUAUAAAGCACAUCACUCCUCGAGUUGCCAAAUUAGAACGAGGAAAAACUCCCACUGUUUCCGUCUCUUCCGCAAUUAGGGAAUCUUUCGCGGGCCUUGAGUUGGCGGACCCAACCUUUUUCCAGUCUGGCGCCAUUGCAUUAGUCUUAGGUCCCGAAGUUUACGCACAGAUCGUGUCAUCUCGUAUUUUGUCGCAACCAGGUUUGCCUACGGCACAAUACACAAUAUUUGGUUGGAUCAUUUCGGGCACCACAUCCCGCUAAAGAACAUUUGCUGCUAUUUUUGUUUUGAAUUAAAUUGAAUAAAUAAACAUACUGAAUUACGCUCACUAGAAUUUGAUUUCACGUCAUUUAGCCUUAAGAUACUCCUUAUCAUUCAUUGAUACUUAUAUUAUUAAUAUUAUUACGCUCCAUUGAACUUAAUGAUUUCUAUUACUGAUUGAUAUAUAUUGUUGAUUGUAACAUUGUCCAAUGUUUCAAGGUGGGCGGCAAUGUUUAAGUUCGAAUUGCAUAUUGCCAAGGGUCCAGAGAGCCUACGUUCGCUUAGCACGGACCGUAGAGAGAUGAGUUCUUGGGCUAAAAGGUUGCCUGCACCUCCCCUUGGAGCCUACGUUCGCUUGGUACGGACCGUAGGGAGAAAGCCUUCCUCGUCUGAAGAUUUUCCCUACAACUCUCCUUGGGGCCUACGUUCGCACAGCUCGGACCGUAGGCAGCUUUUCCAAGCCGUUUCUCUACAGCUCUCUCUGGGUACUCUCUCAGCCCGUGUUGCUGUUAGAGAUGUCCUGGAAGCAUCGGCGCUUCCAGCCACCUCGGGGCAUUGUGACUUUGUUAGCUUUUAGUUACUCUCGUUUUAACUUCGGAGCUCACCGCAUCACAAAGGUAAUCUGUCAACUCGGGUUGACCAUUUUCCAAAAUCCUCAAUAAACGGAUAUUUAUUAUUUAUAUUUAAUACUAAUACACCUU